AUGCACUUGUGCGAGAGGAAGACGCAGAGGCCACUCGUCAAGAAAUGGAAUGGCAAUCCAGUCAAGCUCGGAAAUCUGCCAUCAGUUGAGAGGAGCUGGAUGAGAUUUUGGAUGAUCCAAAUUAACACUCGAAAGCGGUAUGGACGUGACAAGGAGCAAGAGCAAGAGCAAGACCGGGAGCAAGACCGGGAGCAGGAGCAGGAGCAGGAGCAAAUGAUCUCCUUGGAGGACAAACUUCAAGCUGAACUUGAUGGUGUCAAAGCUCAUUACAGUGCCAAAAGGCUCAAAUCAAAACUUGGUAGACCAGCAGUCAGUACUGGCAUUCUCGUCGAUGAUCUCAGGGAUGCAGCAUAUGCAACUGUCCAAGCGAAAAUAGUAGCUGCUCGACCCUCCCAGAUUUGCAGCGAGCUCAAAAGCAAGGUUCAAAGCGCUGUCAUUGGUCAUUAUGGGCUGCACAGGCUGCUGAAGUCCAAACUCGAAGCUAAAAUCGCAGCACUCCUGCAUGAACAUGCCUAUGUCUUCAGGAAUCUGGACAAGUGGCUGAGAAAAAGAGGUGAGGCUACCCAUGAGUAUGCAGCUGCCUUCAAUCCAGUGCCACUCCCAACCUUAGCGCUCAUUGCUACUGCUAUCGAGUGUGGGCUGAGGGACUAUAUCAAGGGCUUCAAGGAGAUAGGCCAUCUCUGUACCCUUCAGAGACAAGAACAGAAGCACCCCCAGCUCAUUUUGAAGCUUCAACAAGAAAUAUUUCAAAUAGCCUAUGAUAGCAUGGGAGAUUUUGAAGAGGUGGAAGAAAGUCAUGACUACCUUGGUGAAUUUGACCUUGAGGCUGAUAUGAUGGAUAUCAGCCUCAUUGGUGACACUGUUGCUGGUCCUAAGGACAUGGGUUUCAUCAUGCAGUGUAUUAGCGAGAAGAAGCAGUUGGUUGCGGAGAUCAUCGAUGACUGGUUGACCAUCAGCAAAAUCUCAGAUGUGCUUUAUAUUGCAGUUCUUGGAACGAUGACAUUCCUGGAGCUCUUGGCAUCAUCAAACUCUCAUCCAAGCCUUGGAACGACGAUGUUCCCGGAACAGCCCUCCCCACUUCAACGAAUAGUGACUGAACUUUCAGUAUGGUGGAGGGUCAUUAGUAGGAAGAUGGACAGACAGGAACACACCUGGGUCACUAUUCACGACAGUGAACCGAGAGCAGGACCUGCUCCUCCACGGCCCGACAGUCGAACGGGCAAUAUGCUCUCCAGCAGAAUCCUUGAGGGCCAUGACUGGUCAAUCUCCUCCGACUACUGGGACAGCUCUCGCCCAUAUCGAGCCUGCAUCCCCGUCGACUUGGAAGCGCAUGAACGGUUCCCAGAAGGAAGAUGGCUGUCAGCUCCAUUCACAUUGGGCAGGGAUUGGGGUGCUCAAGAUACGUCGGGCUGGACAUUAACCCCUAUCGUGCGCAAGUCCAGAACCUCCCCCAAGCGCCCAGCUGGCCCUUUGCAGAAGAAGCGUGCGAAGUAUAUUGCAGUUCAGAAGAAAGGAGAAGAGGACAAAGGCCGUCGCAUCUCGAAAAAUGAGUACAAGAGGUUGACGGAAUGGUGUGUCGGGGUGCAUAAGCAGCUACCUGAAGGGGACAUUUUCUAUGCCUACGAGAAUGACGCAGAUGACGAGGAUGACGCAGCGCCCGCAGGAGUAAUCGUGUCGGCGAAGGACUUGGCUGCCCAUGAGGCCAAAACUUUGGCAGCCCUACCGAGAGAGGAGCCCUGGACAUGCCUGGACACCGAGGCCGCUCCAGCAGUAGUAGCGCAAGGUGUUAUGAUUGCAGAGCCUGAGACUUCCCUGGCAGCAGUGACACAAGGUGUUACGACUGCGGGCCAAGUCAAUGAUGAGCCGGCGCUAGUUACAGUAACAGCCCCAAUCGCCAAGGCCAUCGAGGUCCCCAUUACUCCUAAGCCAGUACCAGAUAAUGGUGCUGAAUCUCCUGUUUCAUCAGAGAAAGGAGAAGCUCUCUUCACACCCGACUCUCCUAUGGCCCCUUGGAUACCACAAGAUGAUAACUUCUCGUCAAUGCUUCCUUCGCCCCGGGCCGUUUCACAUCCUUCAUCUCCCCCGGACGCGAGGGUGGUUCUUCCAGCAUCAAUGAAUAGACCUAAGCAAAAAUCACCAAGGCUUUCCUCACCCCAGGCCAUGCCACGAUCCUCAUCUCCCCCUGUUUCGAGGGGAGUUCUCUCCAAGCCAACAGGUGGAUUGACGGAAACACCAGUUGCGGUUGAGGCAGGGAGGAGCCAGCAAUGCGCUUAUCAACCGCUGGGUCGUCCAUUUCAAGAGGGGACUCGCCGAGAUGCUGGCUUGUCUCGUGAUGAAAGAUCUUACUCCGGUGACAGCUACCGGCUUAUGAGCGCAGGACGAACCACCCCUACCAGGAGGAGGGUUACCGCUCUCGCUACGUUCAGGGCGAAUCAAAGGCGCACUGGAGAGAAUAAGAGGUUCUGCCCGGAAGACAGAGAAGCGCAGCGACCAAUGCUGAGUGAACGCAUCAUGGAUGAUUUCAGCAUGGGUCCGCCUUCCUCUUCAUUGCGCUCCUUAACAGACAGGAUCCGCACUGUCCCAAACUUGAGGGCCCCACCUGCAGAGCAGAAGAAGAAGCAGAUCCGGAACCCCCAUGCAGAGCAGGUUCCAACCCUUAUGCUCAGACCACCAAUGUCCCAAGUGCUUCUGCAGCCCCAGGAACUAGUGUCGGCAGGUGAUGGAAUACGGCUCAUAACACAGGCCUACCAGGCUAAUGAGCUACGUAUCAAUGGUCCUCAGGGGCCCACCUUCCCUUGGUGGUCAGAUGUGUCUAUAUAUGGUUCAGAGGCAUUGGCUCAUGAGCUGUUUGGACAAUUGGGCUUUUCCAUGGAUCUGGUCCCUACCUGGGAUUUGUCAGUGGACAGUACUUCUAUAGUGGCAAGAGUGAAUUCUGACAUGACAAAGGUGGCUAUAAGCAUUGAGGAUUAUCCUGCAGAGGUGUUCAUGGAGCUCAUUGAUUCAUACCCUGCUAACAAAUGGCGAGGAGGAGGAUGUCAUUCAUGUGGGGGAAUUGAUACUGUUUAUAUGAGCUAUAAACCCUAA